AUGAGGAGGAGUUUCUCUGUACAUUUGUUUAUGCAAAAAAAUCAGAGUGAGGAGAGGAAGGCGUUAUGGGAUGAUCUAUGUCAUCACCAUGACUCAGCUAUGUCCAAGAAUAAAGAGUGGAUUAUUAUGGGAGAUUUUAAGGAGAUAUUGGAUGGCGAAGAAAAUUCAAGGUUCUCGAGUUUGGGAAGAGUUCCUGGUGGGAUGAGGGAUUUUCAGAGGGCGGUGCUUCACUGUCAUCUGUCUGAUUUGGGUUACCAAGGACCUCUGUUUACUUGGAGUAACAAACAGGAUGAAGGAAUUAUUUGCAAGAAGCUUGAUAGGGUAUUGAUGAAUGAUGCAGCUCUUAAACGGUUCUCAAACGCUUAUUCUGUAUUUGAGGAAGGGGGAUGUUCAGACCAUAUGCGUUGUCGAAUUCAGCUGAAGCCAUCUCAGGAGAAAAUUCGAAGACCCUUUAAGUUUGUAAAUGCUAUUGGUACACUGCCAGGGUUUCUCCCUAUGAUCCAUGAUUUUUGGGAUAGUACAGAGGUUCUCUUUCACUCUACUUCAGCUCUAUAUAGAUUUUCAAAGAAGCUCAAGAACCUGAAACCGCUGAUAGGUUUGGGAAGAGAAGGUAUUGGCAAUCUAAAUAAGAGAGCUAAAGAGGCUCAUGAGUUGCUAUGUGAAAAGCAGAAGCAAACUCUUACACAUCCUAAUGAGAUAGCAGCUCAGGAGGAAGCGGAAGAAUACGAGAAGUGGCUGCACGUAGCUUCGCUUGAAGAAAAAUUUCUCAAGCAACGCUCAAAGUUGCACUGGUUAGAUGUUGGUGAUCAGGACAACAAAACUUUCUACAAUGCCAUCAGAACACGACAGGCUCAUAAUAUGAUUCGAGAGGUGAGAAAAGGAGAUGGUACUACUGUCACUGAUCAGCAGGAGAUCAAACAGGAGGCAGAAAGAGAUCUAGAGGCUGAAGUAACAGAGGAGGAAAUUCGAAAAGUUCUCUUUGCUAUGAAAAGCAACAAGUCUCUAGGGCCGGAUGGGUUUCCAUGCGAGUUCUACAAGCUGACUUGGCCAGUGCUUAGGCGUGAUUUUGUUGUGGCUAUUCAGUCGGUAUUUCAGUUUGGUUUUCUUCCUAAAGGUGUGAACUCUACAAUCUUGGCGUUAGUACCUAAGAAGACUGCUUCCAUGGAAAUGAAGGACUAUAGGCCCAUUGCUUGUUGCAAUGUCCUAUACAAGGUAGUGUCCAAGAUUUUAGCCAACAGACCAAAGAAGCUUUUGCCAAAUAUCAUCAGUGAUAAUCAGUCAGCUUUUAUUAAGGAACGGUUGCUAAUGGAUAACGUUUUGCUAGCCUCUGAGAUGGUGAAGGAUUAUCACAGAGAGUCUGUUUCACCACGGUGUGUUAUGAAGAUAGACAUCUCGAAGGCUUUUGACUCGGUUAAUUGGGAGUUUGUUCUGAAGGGUUUGGAAGUAAUGGGGUUUCCAGGAAGAUUUAUACAUUGGAUCAUACUAUGUAUUACCAGCCUGUCCUUCUCAGUCCAAGUUAAUGGAGAACUUGCGGAUGAUUUGAUGGUGUUUGUAGAGGGAUCAAAGGCAUCUAUAGAAGGAGCUCUUGCAGUGUUUGAUGAAUUUGUAGCUUGGUCGGGACUGAAGAUAAGUAUUGAGAAGUCUACAAUAUAUAUGACAGGAGUAUCUGAGGAAGAGAAAAGCAGAAUAUUGUUGAACUUUCCUCUAGCGGAGGGUACUCUCCCUGUUAGGUAUCUGGGACUUCCUUUGAUGACCCAGGGGAUGAAGAAGCAAGACUAUCAGCCUCUAGUGGAGAAAAUAAGAUGCAGAAUCAAAACCUGGACGAGCAGAUUCUUGUCUUAUGCCGGAAGAUUGCAGCUGAUCAAAGCGGUGUUAAUGAGCAUUGUUAACUUCUGGUCGGCUGCGUUGCGUCUGCCGAGUCAAUGUACUAAAGAAGUAGAGCAACUAUGCUCAGCUUUCCUCUGGUCUGGUCUUGUUCUUAGGACCACGGAUGCUAAAGUUGCUUGGAGAGAUGUCUGCAGAGAAAAAGCUGAAGGUGGUCUUGGUAUAAGGGUACUGAAAGAAGUGAACUUAGUGUGUGGUUUGAAGCUCAUUUGGAGGUUGUUGGCGGGGAAAUCUUUAUGGAGUAAAUGGAUAAAGGCAAAUCUGUUGCGAAAGAGAAGCUUUUGGGAAGUGAAUAUUAAAAGUCAAACUGGAUCUUGGAUGUGGAGGAAAAUGUUAAAACUGAGGGAGAUAGCAAAGAGUUUUUACAGGAAGGAAAUAGGUAAUGGGCGCCAUACUUCUUUCUGGUUAGAAAAAUGGAGUGAUCGAGGAGUUAUAUAUGAUCUGUUGGGGGCUAGGGGAUUCAUUGAUUUGGGUAUACGCAAAGAAGCUACGGUGGAAGAAGCGGUCUUUAGCUCAAGACGUAGAAGAAGACAUCGGGUGGAGAUUCUAAAUGAUAUUGAAGUGGAGCUGACUAAUAUGAGAACAACGCUUAGUGAGGAGUUAGAGGACGUGAGUUUGUGGAGAAGGGAGUCGGGUUAUCAUUCUUCCUUCUUUACUUCUGAGACCUGGAAGCUUACACGGGAGAUAAAGGAAAAAUGUGUUUGGACUUGUGGAGUUUGGUUCUCUCAAACCACUCCGAAGUUUGCUUUCAUUGCUUGGUUGGCAAGUUUGAAUAGACUGUCCACGAUGGAUAGAGUUGCUCGCUGGAAUCCUGGAGUAGUUGAGACUUGUGUUCUCUGUAAAAAUGCAGGAGAAAACAGAGAUCACCUGUUCUUUGAGUAUUCUUAUUCAAGCCAGAUUUGGGAAAGUCUCUCUAUAGGAAUUAUGGGAAGCUCUUUCUCAAGAUCAUGGGCUGAUGUCAUAAAUUUGAUCACCGGGAGAAGCAAUUUGGGUAAGAUGAAGUUAUUCUGUCUCAGAUAUGCGUUUCAGGCUGCGUUAUAUGCAACAUGGCGUGAGAGAAACAGAGUCAAGCAUGGGGAGAAGCUGAUACCGGUAAACGUUUUGAAGAAACUGAUAGAUAAGGGAGUGAGGAAUAAGCUCAGUCUAUUAAAAAUGAAAAGAGUAAGAGGAAUGGAUGGUGCUUUGCAGUUUUGGUUUGGCACUAGAGUGUGA